AAAACAUCUGAUUUUGCUUUACCUUUGUCUAUACUGCAGCAAGAAAUUUUAGGGUGGAGGAGAUCACAAUCUUGAUUCCCAUCGAUCAUGCAUGAUUGAAUUGACUGUAGUAAGAACAACGAAACUGUCACAUUCUCAUCAUCUGUAGGGUUCUCGAAUGAACCCCUUCUAAAAGAAAAGAUCGAAAUUCUAAGUUGAUGCGUCGCAAAUCAGUGAAACGUCAUUAUGCCGUUUUGUCCUUGAUGCCGUACGGAGUUUUGAAAAACAUCAAUGAUGCGAAUACCGGCAAACGUUUGCGAAACUUUGACAUCUUUUGCGCGGAGAAUGUUUGUUUGUGAAAAGUGCAGAAUAGGAAGAAACGUUUUGAAUGUUAGUGUUACUAUAUAAGUCGGAAAACAUUCUCUUCUUUGAUCGCAACCACCCAAACGCACAUCCUAUCUAAUCAACAAUGUGUGCAAAUCGAUCAAUCAUCACCCCGGAUUCCAUGUCAGCAGUUGACAGCCUUAGCGGUUAUUUCGCUGCUGGCUAUCGAACUGCCAUGUCAACUUUUUCCAUGUCUCCUAACCGUCUUGGAGAUAAGGGCAUUGUUCAUCAUUUACAAUUAUCACCUCUCGUUUCAUUCUUGUUAAUAGGCUUUAUAACCGUUUCGAUUGUGGCUUUGUCAAAUUUGGCUUUUCAAAUGACAUUCAUGUCCACGUUUAAAAAUUGGCAAAGACCAAAAGCACAGGGAAAAUGGUCAUGGAUUAUGGGAAAUUUGAUUCAAAUGCAAAAGGGUAACCCCGGAGAUAUUCAGAUGGAAUGGACUGAAAAGUUCGGAGGCGCAGUGAUUUACCGUGGAUUAGCAGGAAAUGAGCGAUUAUUGCUUUCAGAUCCACGUGCGUUAAUGUAUGUAUUGCACCAACGCUGUUAUGCAUUCCCUAAACCUUCUGGAGCAAGAUCAGCAUUGAGCAAUUUACUGGGAGAAGGUGUUCUUACAACAGAAGGAGAUGUUCACAAACGUCAACGUAAAAUCGUUAAUCCAACAUUCACACAAUCUGCCAUUCGUGACUUCUUACCUUUGUUCUGGAGACAUUCUCGUGCUCUUGCUAAACAUUUACAAACAUCAAUGGAAGAAGAAAGAAAUGCAAAAAUGCAAAAUAAGACACAAGAACGCUUAUCUAUGGCUCACGAGCUUUCCCCUGCAUACAUUAAUGACGAAACAAUCAAUCAAAACGAUGUCAAGCUUCUAGAUGAUAAGAUGAAGAUGAACGAUCAAGCUACCGUCCCCUCCAUCGUUGACGUUCUACAUUGGACAAGCAGAACGACCUUAGAUGUCAUUGGAGAAAGUGCAUUCAGCUACAAGUUGAACUCUUUGCAAAGAGGUGAAAAUGGUGACGUGAUUGCAGAUUCUUUCAACAAGAUGAUGACUCACGUAGGCCAAUUGACACUCCUAGAACGCGCACAACUGCAUUUUGAGCAAUUCAGCAUCUUUGACGGUAUUCGACCUUUGCCGACGUCUUUCAACAAACGUGCUCGUGCAUGUUACGACGCCGUCGAAAGUGUUGCACAAAAAAUGUUGAAAGAAAGACGUGAAGGCACUGCUCCUCCAGAAACGGAAAAAGACGUUCUCGAGAGAGUUCUACGCGCAAAUGAAGAUUCUUCCGUCAAGCAAUCUCAGCGGCUGAUGCCUCAUGAAAUCAUGGGACAGCUAACAACUCUUAUCUUGGCGGGCCAUGAAACGACAAGCACAGCAUUAACUUGGGUAUUGUACGAAUUGGCCAUGCAUCCAUCAAUACAGGAAAGUGUGCGAAAAGAAAUUUUGGAAGCACAACAAAUCAACGAACAAGAAGGAAAGGAAGAUUUGAGUUAUGAAGAAUUACAUGCACUACCUAUGCUAAACAAUGUGACAAAUGAAGUCAUGCGCUUGAAUCCACCUGUUCAUAGCACAAAUCGUGAAGCAGCCGAAGAUGAUAUUAUUCCUUUGAAGUAUCCAAUCAAAGGAGAGCACGGUCAAACGAUCGAUCAAAUUCCAGUUCGUAAAGGACAAGCGAUCAUCGUUCAUAUUGCUACUUAUAACCGUAGAAAAGAUCUUUGGGGUCCUGAUGCCGAUCAAUUUCGUCCAGAUAGAUGGGAAAAUUUACCCUCCAAAGUAUUACAAUCUGGCGUGCCAGGUCAUUCAUUAAGUUUUUUGGCUGGUCCAAGAAAUUGUGUUGGUCAAAAGUUUGCCUUGACAGAAUUCAAAGCAAUCCUUUCAACUCUGUUGGCCGCAUUCUCUUUUGCUCCUCCACCAGGAACAACAAAGAUCGACUCUAAACAAGUCAUUGUCACUAGACCUAGAAUUCGUGGAAUGGAAUCUCAAGGUACGCAAAUGCCCUUGUGUGUUACGCCAUUGCAAUGAUUUUAUUUUAUAGUAGAUAUAAUGUUUCAUACAUCAUAAAUUCAUGGUUUCCUAUAGAGAUGGUUUCGAUAUCUCACUAGUCUUUACUUGUAAUAAUUCAUUCACAGUAAAUAUAUAAAGUUUCACAU